GCAAACCCCGCGGCGGCCAUUUUCCUCAAGGCGGCGAUGCAGCCACAACUCUUUCUGCCCUAUCCUCUUCUGUUGGCGUUGAGUCAGAAUGCGCCACAAUGCCUAUGCUCUGCUCGCACUAGCUUCUUAUGCGGCAGCUGCAGCCAUUACGACCGACGUGCCACAGAUCAGCUGGGUAGAGCUUCCCAUCGACCAUAAAAACCCCAACGCGGGUACUUUCAAGAACCGCUACUGGGCUAGCGAUGUACACUACAAGCCCGGCGGUCCUGUUCUGAUCCUCAAUGCCGGAGAGCAGCCCGCAACAGAAGUCACUGAGCUCUUCAAAGCCGGCCUGCUCGAGAGACUGUCCCGUGUGAGCAACGGCAUCGCUAUCCUCUUCGAACAUCGUUUCUAUGGCGAAACGAUUCUUACCAAGGAUCUCGGUACGGACUCGUUGCGUUACUUGCAGAUGGAUCAAGCGAUUGACGACAUGGAAUUGUUCGCACGUACGUAUAAGCACAACGGACAGGAUCUCUCUGCGCCAAACACGAACUGGAUCAUCUUGGGGCUGAGUUAUGCUGGUGGAUUGAGCACAAAGGCCCGCGUACUUUAUCCAAAGACUUUCAGGGCGGCGAUCUCGUCAUCGGCCGUCGUAGAUGCUGCAAUUGACAACUGGCAAUAUACUGAAGCGCUUCUAAACUACGGCAAUCAGACCUGCGUCCGGAUCUCGCAGAUCAACUCUUUCGUCAUCGAUGCCAUCUUUGACUCGGAUGAUGCAGCGGUCAUUCAGAACAUGAAGACUUUCUUCGGUUUGCCAUAUGUUCAGAAGCCUGAUGAGUUUGCUGCGGCUAUCUUGGACUAUGCUUGGGCAUGGCAGAAUCACCACUGGCUCCCGCGCGCUAAUGACCCGACCUAUGCGACUUGGUGCAACAAACUAGCCUCGACUGAUGGCAAAUAUCAUGCUCAGGAUAUGACGACUGCUGCCGGCCUCAUACAAAAGUCUGGCUUCUUGACCUCAAAGUGGCAUCAGUCCGAGACGGCAGAAUCAGUCCAGCGCGGUCUACUCAACUUUGUGGCCUAUCUCAAUUCUACGAUCCAGCCGACCGGCUGCGAUGGCAAGAGCGAUUGUCCUGCUGGUUCGGCUGCUGCUCUCGGCGUCUCGGAUCUCAAGCAGACUUGGCGCUUGUGGUCGUUCGAGAGUUGCGAUAAGUUUGCUAAUUGGAUCUCCGGCCACGGACCUUUGGAUCGCCUGCCCGUCGUGCCACGCCAUACGGACGAGACCUUCUGGGUUAAUGGAUGUCCUCUCAUGUUCCCACCCGGCAAGGAAUACACCGUCAAGAUGCCACCCGAUGUAGCUGCCGCCAACGCUUUCUUGGGCUUUGACUUGGGCAAAGAUACUGAUUUCAUCAUGACGCUCGUUGGAGAUCAAGAUCCUUGGCGACCUCGACAGGCGCCCGAACGUCCUAGUACCGAUCUUCAACCUUUCAUUACAUGCAAAGGCUGCGUCCAUCACUGGGAAUCCCAGGGCUUGCUUCCUUCGGAGGUCGGGGUGGUCGAGAUACCCGCAGAGAUCAAGAGAGUACAGGAUCUACAAGACGCGCAUCUUCUGACUUGGCUCAAGAUGUGGUCAAGCAGCAAGUAGAUCCGACGCAACAUAAGAGCUUGUCUGCAGCGCACCACGCUCGCGUAGAAUACGUAAAUCAGACUAGAUGGUCACACAGGGUCUUCCAUGCAUGCAAGGUGACAAC